UACAGCGUAAAUAAGGCCAGAGCGCAGCGGCGGCGCAAUACUACACCUCAGUCUGUGGCUCACUCACUCACUCACACACAGAGGAACAGAUCCUGCGUUUAUACGUCAACGUUUAAAACACAAACAGCUUUCUGCUGCUGAUUUUACACACAUUUAUCGGACGGGCCUUGUUUAAGGAUGGCAGAUCAGCUGACCGAGGAGCAGAUCGCUGAGUUCAAGGAGGCAUUCUCACUCUUCGACAAAGAUGGCGAUGGCACCAUUACCACCAAAGAGCUGGGUACAGUGAUGCGCUCAUUGGGUCAGAACCCCACUGAGGCCGAGCUCCAGGAUAUGAUCAACGAGGUAGACGCUGAUGGCAACGGAACUAUAGACUUCCCGGAGUUCCUAACCAUGAUGGCACGGAAAAUGAAGGACACGGACAGUGAAGAGGAAAUCCGAGAAGCUUUCAGAGUCUUUGACAAGGAUGGAAAUGGCUACAUCAGUGCAGCUGAGCUCCGUCACGUCAUGACCAACCUGGGCGAGAAGUUGACAGACGAGGAAGUGGAUGAGAUGAUCCGAGAGGCAGAUAUUGAUGGAGACGGCCAGGUCAACUAUGAAGAGUUUGUCCAGAUGAUGACUGCAAAGUGAAGGAUUGUCAUAUCCUAUAUCUUUCUCUCUUACAUUGCUUGUCCUACUAAGAUCACUCUGUCUUUAAAAAGAAAAAAAAUCUAAAGUUUACUUCAGAGAGUAUUAGAAUUUCAAAUUCUGUGAUCUCUUACCAAAAAAAAUCGAAUCAAAUUUCAAAAUCAGUUUGUGAAAAAUACUAGCAGAAUUGUCCCAGCAGAAGUGAAUGGACCAAGCAUAACUGCAUGAGCCCUUUUGGAGCAAACGUCUCCAGACCUGACAAAAAUUUUGAGGACAGGAUGUCACUUUAGUCGCACACGAGUUGAAGUCCACGCCUAACAUGGCAGUUUAAAUGCAGAGUUUCAUCUCCUUUCAUGAGUGUUCUUAAUCGCUGAAAAAUAGAGUAAAUUAAAAUUUAAAAAAUACAUAUAAUAAUAAUAAUAAUAAUAAUAAUACUUAUAAUAAUAGUAUAGCUGCCUUCAAUACAAACGGAGCAAAAACAACUGCGUGUGACCCGUGUGGUAAAGUCAUACUUUUGCGUAUGGCCUUCUCCUGUUUAAGACUCCAAACAGAACAAAAACUGGAUGUUUAUGAAGACGUACAUAUUGUAAAAACCCGACGUCAUGCUCAUACUCUGUAAAAUUGUAGUUUAAUGGCGGUGUACGACUUGAAAAGUGUCUUUCUGGGCUAUAAGGCAUGUACUUGGAGCCAGUGGUUUCCGUCAGCUGGUUUAAACCUUUAUGUUACUGUGGGUUUUGUCUCUGAUGACUUCAAACUUUGUGGGAGCGUGGAGAUGCAAAGGAUGUAUAGCAGAAUCGAGAUGGGACAGAGAAACUCAAAUAGCAUAACUGUACAAUAUAUAGUAACAUAGGUAAUCAAAAUGCUAUCAGUGUUAUGCUUUAUAAAUGUACUGUUCUCCAAUAUUAACGUCUGGUAAAACUUUGCAUUGCCUAUUGUUUUUCUAGUUAGGUCUGUGACUUUUGUUUGAUCCAUGGAUUGAUAUGUGCCAUAAUACUCGUAAGCCUCAACUUUCUUGCAAGAGAUCUUGUAGUCAAUUAAAAAGUAUGUUAUCAGUCUAUGAAUAUAUACACACACAAAUAUCUAUAUAUAUUUGCACUUUGGUGUAGAUUAUACAUUCAACCACAGAAGAGGAACCUGCUGCUGCUGCUGCUUUACGGCUCAUUUGUCUCUUGCCCUCGUGGGUUUGUCAGAACCUCUUGUUGUCAAGUGCUCCAAAUUUAAUUUGCGCUCUGCUUGCAAGAAGACCGAUAAAGGUGAAACUGUCAAUUGUUGGUUAUUUUGAGGGGUGAAAAGACAGUGUAUCGAAUUAUGUUGCUAGUAAUACUAUGAAGGGCUUGUUAUUGGUCUAAUAAUUGGGUUAUUUAUUUUUUCUAGCUGAAAUGUAUUACUCCUCUGGAAGAGCUUUACAUAGCGUAUCUUACUCUGUUCUGGACUGUUUGGACAGUUUUGCGUGGGAAGGGUUUGAAAUUGAGUGGGAAUACUCAACAUGCGAAAUCUGUAUGGAUAAUAUGUGAUAUAUGUAUCAGUGUUUUCCAAUAAAAAUAAAUGUAUAUGUUUAUGCACACA